UACAGUAAAUUCGGGAUGGGACAAGGCCUUUCCGUUCCUAAUUGCCCUAAUUGUUCCUAAUUGUGGUGACUAAGAGGCGUUUGCCUUCUUGAAGACUGCGGCCUCCGACUGUGAGAUUGAAUAUUUGUUAAAUGCGAGAACGCGGAGGUUCUCUGGCACGCCCCAGUAGCGCCUAAAUCACCAGACCGUGGGGCAGUGGGAUUGGCUGGAGCGGCUGGGUCAUCUCCGCCCGGUCGGGUCCGGGCCUCGCCCCCUGGCCGUGGAGUAGGACUCUACCCCCGAGGGUUCUGAGCGCCCAGAACCUGUGGAAUCUUGGUCUCUGCGGCCGGCCCCGACAGCCGCAGCCAUGGAACCCGACGCUUCCCCCGAGCCCGACACGGCCGAAGUGUUGCCCCAGCACAAGUUCGACAGCGGGUCCCUAGAGGCCUAUCUGAACCAGCACUUGCCAGGCUUUGGGGCCGAGCCCGAGGCUCAGCUGACCGUUACCCAGUACAGAUCAGGACAAUCCAAUCCAACCUUUUAUCUCCGGAAGGGCUUUCGAGCAUAUGUACUCAGAAAAAAACCACCUGGUUCACUUCUUCCUAAAGCACAUAAGAUUGAUAGAGAAUUUAAAGUCCAGAAAGCUUUGUUUUCAGUUGGAUUCCCCGUUCCGAAGCCUUUAUUAUACUGCAGUGAUCCUUCUGUCAUUGGAACAGAAUUUUAUGUGAUGGACCAUGUGCAGGGUCGAAUCUUUCGUGAUUUUACAAUUCCUGGAGUUAGCCCAGCAGAACGCUCAGCCAUAUAUGUGGCCAUGAUAGAAACCUUGGCUCACUUACAUUCCUUAAAUGUACAGUCAUUGCAGCUGGAAGGAUACGGUAGAGGUGCUGGAUACUGCAAAAGACAGGUAUCAACCUGGACAGAGCAAUAUCGAGCUGCAGCUCAUCAGGACAUCCCUGCUAUGAACCAACUAUCUGAUUGGCUAAUGAAAAACUUGCCAGAUAAUGACAAUGAAGAAAAUUUGAUUCAUGGAGAUUAUAAACUAGAUAACAUAGUUUUUCACCCUACAGAGUCUCGAGUUAUAGCUAUACUGGAUUGGGAGCUUUCAACUAUUGGUCAUCCUUUGUCAGACUUAGCUCAUCUCUCCCUAUUCUACUUUUGGCCAAGGACUGUUCCAAUGAUAAAUCAAAAUUCUUACUUUCAAGAAAAUAUAGGGAUACCAUCAAUAGAAGAACUGGUUUCAAUAUAUUGCCGCUGCAGGGGAAUUGAUUCUAUUCUCCCUAACUGGAAUUUCUUUCUUGCCCUUGCAUAUUUUAAAAUGGCUGGAAUAGCACAGGGAGUAUAUAGUAGAUAUCUUCUGGGAAAUAAUGCAUCUGAGAGUAGCUUUCUGUUUGCCAAGAUUGUGCAGCCUCUGGCAGAAACUGGAUUACAACUUUCAAAAAGAACUUUCAGUACUACAUCACCACAGAUUGAUACUUCCCAACAAUUGUUUGUACAGAGUAAGACUGGCCAGGAAGUUCUUGCUAGGGUGAAGCAUUUCAUGAAACGACACAUCCUUCCAGCUGAAAAGGAGGUAAUUGAGUUCUACAUUCAAAAUGAAAAUUCAGUAGACAGAUGGAAAAAACCUUUAGUGAUUGAUAAACUUAAGGAAAUGGCCAAAGCAGAAGGCCUCUGGAACUUGUUUUUGCCAGCUGUGAGCGGUCUCAGCCAGGUGGACUAUGCCUUGAUUGCUGAAGAAACAGGAAAAUGCUUUUUUGCUCCAGAUGUCUUUAACUGCCAAGCACCAGACACAGGGAACAUGGAGGUCCUCCACCUAUAUGGAAGUAAAGAGCAGAAGCAGCAGUGGCUUGAGCCUCUUCUUCAAGGGAACAUUGCCUCUUGCUUCUGUAUGACAGAGCCCAGUAUAGCUUCGAGUGAUGCCACAAAUAUUCAAUGUAGCAUCCAACGAGAUGGAGAUAGCUAUGUAAUUAAUGGCAAGAAAUGGUGGAGCAGUGGAGCUGGAAAUCCAAAGUGCACAAUUGCAAUUGUUAUGGGAAGAACAAAAAAUGCCUCUGCAACCAGAUACAAACAACACAGCAUGGUUCUUGUCCCUCUCAACACACCUGGAGUAGAAAUAAUAAGGCCUUUGUCAGUGUUUGGCUACAUGGAUCAUCUUCAUGGAGGACAUUUUGAGAUUCAUUUUAAUCAAGUAAGAGUUCCUGCCACCAACUUAAUACUAGGUGAAGGUAGGGGAUUUGAAAUUGCCCAAGGCCGCCUUGGACCAGGCAGAAUCCAUCACUGUAUGAGAACAGUAGGGGUGGCAGAACGAGCUUUGCAGAUUAUGUGUGAACGAGCAACACAGAGGGUGGCCUUUAAGAAGAAACUGUUUUCACAUGAGGUUGUGGCUCACUGGAUUGCUGAAAGCCGCAUUGCCAUUGAGAAGAUAUGUCUGUUGACCUUGAAAGCUGCCCACAGCAUUGACACUCUGGGCAGCGCUGGCGCUAAGAAGGAGAUAGCAAUGAUUAAAGUGGCUGCCCCUCGGACUGUCUGCAAAAUUAUUGACCGGGCGAUCCAAGUGUGUGGAGGUGCGGGUGUUUCCCAGGAUUACCCUCUGGCUAACAUGUAUGCCCUAAUGCGAACCCUGCGCUUAGCAGACGGGCCCGAUGAAGUCCACCUCUCAGCAAUCGCAGCGAUGGAGCUGCGGGACCAAGCUGGAGGCAUUAGGUCCAAGGUGUAGCAGGUGGCGGUGUCUCGCCUUCACACACACUUCACGGGCUCUGGCAUUUGUACCUCGUUCUUGUCUCACGCCAGUUUGCACACAGGAUUAAUUACUCAUUUUCAGUAAAGAUUAAAGCAUCUGUUUUGA